GGAUUGGCCAGCCCGCUGCUUCCUCCGCCCCCAGCCAAUCGCCGGGGAGGACUUCCUGGAGGGUUUUCCCGCCCCUCAGUGGCGCUCGGGGGACCCGGAGUGCGGAGCCCUGAGCGGCGCUGGGCACGGGCUGGCCGCGCUCCGCUCUCGCAGCCAUGAGGCCCCGGAAAGCCUGCCUGCUGGUCCUGCUCUUCGCGCUGGCGCAGUUGUUGGCGGUGGCGAGCGCCGGGGAAGCGGACGAAGAUCCUUCUGUUACAGAAAAUGCCAUCGAGGAUGAAGAGGAAGAGGAGGAGGAUGAAGAUGAUGAAGAGGAAGAUGAUUUGGAAGUUAAGGAAGAAAACGGUGUCCUGGUCCUGAAUGAUGCAAACUUUGAUAACUUUGUGGCUGACAAAGACACGGUGCUGCUGGAGUUCUACGCCCCAUGGUGUGGACAUUGCAAACAGUUUGCUCCAGAAUAUGAAAAAAUUGCCAAAGUCUUGAAGGAAAAUGAUCCUCCCAUUGCUGUGGCUAAGAUUGACGCGACUUCAGCAUCCAUGCUGGCCAGCAGGUUUGACGUGAGUGGUUAUCCCACCAUCAAGAUCCUUAAGAAGGGGCAGGCCGUCGACUACGAGGGUUCCAGGACGCAGGAAGAAAUUGUUGCCAAGGUCAAAGAGGUCUCCCAGCCCAACUGGACUCCCCCACCAGAAGCCACACUUGUGUUGACCAAAGAUAACUUUGAUGAUGUUGUGAAUGAUGCAGAUAUCAUUUUGGUGGAGUUUUAUGCCCCAUGGUGUGGGCACUGCAAGAAGCUCGCCCCCGAGUACGAGAAGGCGGCUAAGGAGCUCAGCAAGCGCACGCCCCCGAUUCCCCUGGCAAAAGUCGACGCCACAGCAGAAACUGACCUGGCCAAGAGGUUCGAUGUGUCUGGCUACCCCACCCUGAAAAUCUUCCGCAAAGGAAAGCCUUUCGACUACAAUGGCCCACGAGAAAAAUAUGGGAUCGUUGACUACAUGAUCGAGCAGUCCGGGCCUCCCUCCAAGGAGGUUCCGACCCUGAAGCAGGUCCAGGAAUUCCUGAAGGACGGAGAUGAUGUCAUCAUCAUUGGGGUCUUUAAGGGGGAGAGUGACCCAGCGUACCAGCAGUAUCAGGAUGCUGCUAACAACCUGAGAGAAGAUUACAAAUUUCACCAUACUUUCAGCACUGAAAUAGCGAAGUUCUUGAAAGUAUCCCCAGGGAAGUUGGUGGUAAUGCAGCCUGAGAAAUUCCAGUCCAAGUAUGAGCCCAGGACCAAUGUGUUGGACAUUCAGGGUUCCACGGAGGGAUCGGCCAUCAAGGACCACGUGGUGAAGCACGCCCUGCCGCUGGUUGGCCACCGCAAGACCUCCAACGACGCCAAGCGCUACACCAAGCGCCCCCUGGUGGUCGUCUACUACGGCGUGGACUUCAGCUUUGAUUACAGAGCCGCCACUCAGUUUUGGCGGAGCAAAGUCCUGGAGGUGGCCAAGGACUUCCCCGAGUACACCUUUGCCAUCGCCGACGAGGAGGACUACGCCUCGGAGGUGAAGGACCUGGGCCUCAGCGAGAGCGGGGAGGACGUCAACGCAGCCAUCCUGGACGAGAGCGGCAAGAAGUUCGCCAUGGAGCCCGAGGAGUUUGAUUCUGAUGUCCUGCGCGAGUUUGUCACAGCUUUCAAAAAAGGAAAACUGAAGCCAGUCAUCAAAUCCCAGCCAGUGCCCAAGAACAACAAGGGACCCGUCCAGGUCGUGGUGGGGAAGACCUUCGACUCCAUCGUGAUGGACCCCAAGAAGGAUGUACUCAUUGAGUUCUACGCGCCAUGGUGCGGGCACUGCAAGCAGCUGGAACCCAUCUACACCAGCCUGGCCAAGAAGUACAAGAGCCACAAGGGCCUGGUCAUCGCCAAGAUGGACGCCACCGCCAACGACAUCACCAGCGACCGCUACAAGGUGGAUGGCUUCCCCACCAUCUACUUCGCCCCCCGUGGGGACAAAAAGAACCCAAUUAAGUUUGAGGGUGGAGACAGAGAUUUGGAGCAUUUGAGCACGUUUAUAGAUGAACACACCACAGCACAGAGCCGGACCAAGGAGGAGCUCUGAAGGCCCAGGAGUCUGGGAGGGCGGGGGGACCAGAUGUCUUUGCAGACUUGGCUGGGGCGCUGAGGGAGCCCUGCGGGCCAAGGCCGUGCUGCAGGGGCGGGAUCGCGACCCUCUUGCUGUUUUUAUACUUUGGUAUUUCAGCUCACAUUCUGAAUACUGAGUAGCCGUGAAUGACUCGAUAGUUUAGUUCAGAUUUUUAUGGAGGAUACAUUUAUUUUUAUCAUUUGGGGUUUGAUUUUUUUUUUUUGGCCUUCCACUUUCUUUAAUAUUUCCUCAAAGCUGAUAAGUUGAAUCUUUUCUGUGUGAGAAUGUUUUUCUUUUUUAAUUUAAAGUUUAAAAAACCUUUGCCAAACCA